GAGAAGGGCCAUUAGAGUAUAAUUGAAGGGACUACUAAUAAUUAUAUAUAGAAGGGAACACCCACCACUCCCACCGCUCCCACCGCCUGUCAGUUGGCAAAAAAUCUCUUUUCUUUCUCUCUCUCUCAUUCCUGUUCUUCCUAAUGGCUAUCAAUGUUCUAAUUUGUUUGGUUCUCUUCUUGUCCUUCACGAGCUACUCAAGGGCAACAUACUGUGUAUGUAAAGAUGGAAUCAGUGACCAAAUUCUUCAGAAAGACAUUGAUUAUGCCUGUGGAGCUGGGGCUGAUUGCACACCUAUCCUUGAAAAGGGGGUUUGUUACAACCCAAAUACAAUUAAGGAUCACUGUCAUUAUGCAGUCAACAGCUAUUUCCAGAGAAAACUCCAAGUUAAUGGUAGUUGUGAUUUUUCAGGCACUGCUAUGACUUCUUCAACUCCCCCCAGUGGCCAGAGUACUACAUGUGUCUACCCAUCAAGCUCCACAAGUAGCACACCAACUCUGGGUACUCCUAUAGGUGGUGGUACAAGCACCAACAGCAGCAAUCCAACAAUCUUUGGCAGCCCCCCUACAGGAACAACUGGGAGUUUUGAUAACAAUGCCCUUUCCAUCCUUAACAAUUCCAAUCUAUUAGGGUCAUUUACUUUGACUCUAUUGCUCUCAUACCUCUUAUGCUUCUUCAGAUAAAAGAAAAGAUGGGUACUGGGUAGUGUUUUCUUGAGAGUCAAGAUGAUUUUGAUGUGUGGAUGAGAUUUCUCCAGGGUAGCAUAGAAUUAUCUAGACUGGACACAACCCCCAUGGGUUUUUCUUUUCUUUUCUUUCCCCAAUGAGAAAAGCCUUGGGAAUUUGAUGAUUCUCUUUUGAGUGGGGGGGACUGGAGAGAGGUAGAACCUGAUUUCUUCUUUUCUAGACUGUUACCGUCUGUACAUGUACUGAGAAGAGAGGCUAUAUAUAUUUUUUUCAAAACAAUUAAUGAGAAUCUGUACCAUCUAUCUUAUU